AUGAAGUUUGGCCGCAAAAUCAGCAAUGACCUCUAUAACGAGUGGAGACCGUUCUACAUCAACUACAACCUACUCAAGAGAGAGCUGAAGGCGAGGCGCUCUCUGCGACAUCAUUCAUGGACGCCCGAACGCACAACCGCUCAUGCAUGGUCCGAUGAUGAUGAGCGCGACUUCACCGCCAUGCUGGAGAAGGAGCUGGACAAGAUCCAUGAUUUUCAAAGGUCCAAGACCUCCGAGCUCGCAAGACGCAUAAAGGAUGCUGAACGGGCUGUCAAGCGUCUGGUUGCUGGCGAGCAUGGCAACGGACAUCUUCAAGCUGGUUCUUCGUCCGAUCCCGAAGGCGGACAGCGAGAACCAAUUCUUGCACUGGAAGAAGAGGUUGCUACGCUCGUCGCCGAUGUGCACGACCUCGCGCUGUACACCAAGCUCAAUAUCACUGGUUUCAUGAAAAUUCUCAAGAAACAAACUAAUCGUCCGUUGAAACCCACAUUCAUUCAAGACUAUCUGGAGAAACGUCCGUUCUACAAGUACAACUGGGAUGGCCUAAUAGUCAAGCUCUCCAAGCUCUACGACCUCGUCCGGACUCGCGGGCACCCUGUACAAGGAGACUCGAGCGCGGGCGGUAAUCAGAGUGCAUUCGUGCGCCAGACCACCAAAUACUGGGUACAUCCUGACAACCUAGUCCACCUCAAGCUGGCCAUCCUACGACAUCUCCCCGUGCUAGUGUUCAACCCUGAUAAGGAGUUCGAGCAGAAAGACGCAGCUAUCACUUCUGUGUACUUUGAUAACGAAGACCUCGAGCUCUAUCUCGGCCGUCUCGAAAAGACGGAAGGCGCGGAGGCUAUUCGAUUGCGAUGGUACGGCAACACGGAUGUCAGAACGAUCUUCGUCGAGCGGAAGACUCACCGGGAGGAUUGGACGGGCGAGAAGUCGGUGAAAGCGCGGUUUCCGAUCAAGGAGAACCUAGUGAAUGCGUUCCUGCGAGGGGAGUACACGAUGGACGCGGAGUUCCAGGAGCUCGUCACAAAGGGGAAGAAGACGCAGCAGGAUGUGGACGGAAUGAUCCAGCUCGCGAACGAGGUACAAUACGCGAUCCUCACUAAGAAGCUCGAGCCCGGUGAGUCCUUCCUUCCCUCCCUCACAUCACCGGCCUGCCCGUGUGUCACGCGAGGACGAUUAACGAUGAUCCGCGAGGACAACUGGGACGGGCGGACACGCUCUGGCGACAACUGGCGCCGGGCGGACGUCGGGAUCGAUUACCCGUUCGACCAGCUGCCGCCAGAAGACAAGGAGCUGUUCAAGUAUGGCGUGUUGGAGGUGAAGCUGCAGACGCAGUAUGGCCAGGAGCCGCCGACGUGGGUCACGGAUCUGGUGUCGUCGCAUUUGGUGGAGGCGGUCCCGAAGUUCAGUAAAUUCAUUCAUGGGUGCGCGACGCUCCUGCCUCAUCGUGUGGACCUCGUUCCUUUCUGGCUCCCUCAAAUGGACACGGACAUCCUCAAGCCGGACACUGGUGCGCUCACCAUUGAGCGGCCCGUGCAGUCUUCCUCCUCAAAGGGCACGUCUGAGUUGUCUGCCGGUCGCAGAUCAUCUGGGGUCACUACGCCGGAGGAUAUGCGCCCAGUGUAUGCUGAACCAGUGUCUGAGGGCGAGGAAGACGAGGCGAUGGACCUUGCUCCAGCGCGGGACGAGGUCAAGCGCACAGGGCUCAGUAAGCAGGACGUCGCCGCGGCGAUCGCCUUCCGCGAAAGUGCGCUCAAGCAGGGCGACCCUGCGAAGCGCAAGAGCCUUCCUCCCGUCGCCGCGCGCGACCAUAUCGCCACGGCUCCUCAGCCGGACGAACACGACCAUGCUGAAGAGGCUGACGAUGAGGGGGACGUGGACGAGCGCACACCGUUCCUCCGCGGGCGCAGGGCGUCGAAGACCACACUUUCGGAGCGGCAGGGCCGUGCACUCUCGAUUGACCCGCUCGCGCCGUCGUCUGCGUUUGAUGAGACACUAAGAGACCGCCUGCGCGAAGAGCGGAGGCAGAAGAGGGCGGAUGAGGAGGUAGAGGUGGAGGACGAAGAUGAGGAAGAGGAAGAGGAAGAGGCCCAAGAAGAGGAGAGAACGGGUCGGAGCCAGAGCGAUGACAGGGUGUUGGAGAGGCACUGGGUCGCCCCGCCUGGCAAGCGCAUUGCGGUGCCGGUGAGGAUCGAGCCGAAGAAAUGGCUGCACUUCGCAAUAUACAUCGGCACGAUCGCGACGACCGCGGGGCUGUUCACGCUCGCCGCGCUCGUCGCGAUCGCGUACUCCGCGGUGAUCUUCGUGUACCGCGCGCUGAAGCUGCGCAAGCGGCACGCGGAUGGGCUCUACUACGAAAUCGUCCUGGGCACUGGUGAUGCUGCCUCAGUAAGGCAGCCAUCUUCGUGA